AUGGCUGAACAUUGGGACUUCGCCAACAAUUCGCCUGAUACCGGUCAGUACGAGUACGUAGAGCCUUCUCUCGAUGCAGGUCACGACGUCCAAUUAGAUCAGGCUAUUGACCGUACCUUGGAUGAGGUCUACGCUUCCCCAAAAACCAAGCAGCAAGACCAGGCCAUAUCCUUCAUGCUGGAGGUCAAUACCAGGGACGAUCUCCUUCGGUUGACUGAGACCUUCACUGCUGCUGAAGAUGCUGGAUACAACCAUUGUCUUUCGAUCAUCUCGGAGAUUCCGGCCGAGAAUCGCGCCGGGAGAUUCGCGGCUAUCGGUUAG